AUGCUCGCCAUGGUCAAGUGGUACAUCUCAUCGUUGAAUGCAUCAUUCUCGAGCCGUGUGCCUGAAGGCGAGUGGGAAAAGAAGCCAUACAACCCAGUGCUGGGCGAACAGUACUUUAUGACGUGGGGCGACGUCGACGGUUGUGGCGAAACUGACGUAACGUGCGAGCAAGUGUCGCAUCACCCGCCAAUCACAGGCUUCUAUAUCCACAACAAAAAGGCUGGGAUGAGCUUGAACGGCCACAAUGGACAGAAAACCCGUUUCUCCAGUACUUCUUUGAUCUGUGAACAAGUGGGCCAGAGUCUACUGACCCUACACAACCGCGACAAUGAGUCGUAUCUGCUCACGAGCCCACCGCUCACCGUGAACGGUAUCUGGUAUGCAGCACCAUAUAUCGAAUUGACGGGUAACUCAUAUAUCCAGUCUACCACUGGCUUUUAUGCUACGAUCGAAUUCUCGUCGCGUGGCUGGAUUUCUGGCGAAAAGAACCAUUUCAAGUGCUACAUCAAAAAGAACGCCGGCAACCCCAAAGAGUAUCUGUACAAGAUCGAGGGUCAGUGGAGCGGCAAGUCGACGAUCACGCCCUAUGGCACGAAGCAAUCGUCGCCGUUCAUCAACGUCAGCGAGAGCAAGGCUGCAUCGAUGAAGGACAAGGAGUUGGAAGAGCAGGAUGAUAUGGAGUCCCGUCGUGUCUGGCAAAAGGUGUCGGAAGCCAUCCGUGCAGGAGACACCCAGACGGCAGGUGCUGAGAAGAGCAAGAUCGAAAACAAGCAACGGGCAGAGCGCAAGGAACGCGAAGAACAGGGUGCUCAGUGGCAGCCCAAGUACUUUACGUGGGAGGAGAACCAGCCUACGGUGUUCUCGCUCCAGCGCAUGCUUGCAUCCGUGCUCAAGAACAAGUACGAUCCACCCAACGCCGGCAAUUGGGUGUUCAACCCCAGCAAAUCCAGCGAUCAGUAG